UUUUCGUCUCUGUUGAUGGUUUGUCACAUUAUACAUAGUCCCUAAGCACAUGGGCGCUCCCCGUGUUUCUGGUGCUGAUGCAGACAUACAUACAGACGUAGCAUCUAACCGGACACAAACCACCGGAGGUGUUGUAAAGUGAUGAUUUGAACGGCUUCUGGAGACCUGCCACUGCCAUGGCGUCGCGCUCUGACCUCUUGGGUACGGCUCAGCCGAGGCUUGAGUUCUGGCCUGCAGGUGGUGGCAGCCCAUCGGAGGAGCUGGAUGUCAGAAGUUUCCUGGGCUCGCUGAUAGAGGAGAACAGUACAGCAGAGAGAUGUUAUCGCUCCCAUUCUCGUAGCAGUGUGCUGCAGGGCCUGCCCUUUGGAGGAGUACCCACUGUCCUCGCCAUCAACGUUGUUCUCUGGCUGUUCCUCCUUCUGAUCUUCUCAUGUUUGAGAAAAGCAGCAUGGGACUAUGGCCGCCUGGCUCUGCUUGUGGAAAAUGACAGCUUGACAUCACUAUUCUAUGGAGAACAAAGUGAAAAGGAGAAAACUCCUUCAGAAUCCAGCCCGUCAGAUUCAGAGAGCAAGGACAUGGGCUUCUGUUCCUGGCUCUCAUCUCUGUACCACAUGAAAGAUGAGGAGAUCCGCAGUAAAUGUGGUAUUGAUGCAGUCACGUACCUGUCUUUCCAGCGUCACAUCAUCCUGCUCAUGAUGGUGGUGUGUCUGCUGUCACUCAGCAUCAUCCUGCCCAUAAACCUCUCCGGGAACCUCCUCGAAGAUAGCCCUCAGAAUUUCGGCAGGACUACAGUAGUUAACGUCCCGGGACAAAAUGCAUUUCUUUGGUUGCACAGCAUCUUUGCACUGCUGUAUUUUGUGAUCACUGUACUGUGUAUGGCCCACCACUCCUCACGACUUGAGUACAAAGAGGAUGAAAAGGUGGCCAGAACUUUAAUGAUCACUUCCAUUCCCAGAGAAAUCUCUGAUCCUGGCUUGAUCACCAAACACUUGCAUGAGGCCUACCCAAGCUGCACUGUCACAGACAUCCGUUUCUGCUUCGAUGUACAAAGGUUGAUGAAGCUGGACUUAGAAAGGCGAAAAGCAAUGAAAGGUCGGCUGUAUUUCACAACCAAAGCUCAGAAGGAUGGAAGAAUCAUGAUAAAGAUGCAUCCAUGUGCACAGAUCUUCUGCUGUGAUAUCUGUGGAUUUGAGCAGGUGGAUGCAGAGCAGUACUAUAGUGAGCUGGAGGAGAAACUGACAGAUGAGUUUAAUGCUGAGAAGAACCGCAUUUCUAUGAAGAGGCUGGGCAUUGCCUUUGUUACCUUCAGAGAUGAAAGAAUGACAGCAGUGAUUGUAAAAGACUACAGCAGAGCUCAUUGCCGACACAAACCCCAGCAGUCCAGCAUCUCAACAGUAGUGCGUUCCCAUUAUUGGGGCGUUUCUUACGCCCCUGCCCCUAGCGACAUAAUCUGGGAAAAUCUGUCAGUAUGCGGUUCUCGCUGGUGGCUUCGCUGCGUCCUGCUCAACAUUGCGCUCUUCCUCUUGCUCUUCUUUCUCACCACGCCAGCUAUCAUUGUAAACACCAUGGACAAGUUCAACGUCACUAGGCCUGUUGAAAGCCUAAGGAACCCGGUAAUUACCCAGUUCUUCCCCACCCUGCUGCUGUGGGCCUUUUCCAUCCUGCUGCCCUUCAUAGUGUACUAUUCAUCAUUCUUUGAAUACCACUGGACCAGGUCCAGUGAGAAUCAGGUCACCAUGCAUAAAUGCUUUUUCCUGCUUGUCUUUAUGGUCAUUAUUCUACCAUCACUGGGUCUGUCCAGCUUGGAUUUGUUCUUCAGGUGGCUUUUUGACAUCCACUUCCUGGAUGAACCAGACGUGAAGUUUCAGUGUGUGUUCUUGCCAGAUAAUGGGGCAUUCUUUGUGAACUACGUUAUUACAUCCAGUCUAAUAGGAACAGGGAUGGAGCUGCUGCGUAUUCCUGCACUGCUGGUGUAUUCGCUUCGCCUCUGUUUUGCCAAAUCUAAAGCUGAACGCAUUCACGUUAAAAGAAGUCAAGCCUAUGAGUUUCAGUUUGGUCUUGAAUACGCCUGGACCAUGUGCAUAUUUUCAGUCAGCAUGACCUACAGCAUCACGUGUCCCAUCAUUGCACCUUUUGGAUUGCUCUACCUUGUUCUGAAGCAUAUGGUAGAUCGCUAUAAUAUCUACUAUGCCUAUAUACCCACAAAGCUCAGCCAGAGGGUCCACUCGGCCGCUAUCAGUCAAGUGGUGUUGGCACCUAUUCUCUGCAUGUUCUGGCUGCUAUUCUUCUCUGUGCUCAGACUCGGUCCAGUGCAGCCCAUCACUCUCUUUACUUUCAUAACUCUAAUAUCCUGUAUUGCCUUCUCCUGCUUUGGCCUAUGUCUGAAAAAACUCAGACCUGACAGAUCAACAAGCUAUCAGAUGUCUGAUCAGACAACAGAAGGAGGCUUCAGCAACGCAGAGAGAAGCACCGUUUCCACCACAACCACAGCUAAUCUUUUUAUAGCCUCCGUCCUGCUGGAGCCAGAGCUGGGUCUCACACCCAUGCCCUCCCCGGCCCACCAGAGCUACGGCACCAUGGUGAACAGUCAGAGUUCGGUGCGUGACGCCGAAGGGGGGGAAGAGAAAGAUCUGGAGGAAACUUUGGAGACUGAACUCAAAGAUGAUCCAAAUCCCAGCAGCCCCAGCCCUCUCAUGGACAGCCCUGUGGGUUUCCAGUGACCAACAUCGCCCCGAAACUCAAGCCCCAUGCCUCCUCUUAGCUAGUGGCUGAUAAAGAGGCACCAUGCUGCAAUUUUGUUCCUCAACAACCUCCAUUUACGAGUAAAAGACUAAUUAGGGUCAGCCAAGCGACCUGCUUCAAAAGCUGGACGGGGAGUUUACCGAGAUGGUGGUUUUAGGAGGACUUUGAUGAGCUUUUAGAUUUAAUGUGGGACUUUCAGAGAAUUCAAACAUGUACCGCAGCCUUCGUCUGAAGUGGAUAAAAGCAAAGAUCUGUUUAAAAAAGAGACCAGUCCACUUCCUUUGUUUGGACUACGCUUUCUACUUUUUCAAUUUUCUCUUGUAUCUUUCUUUCCUCUGUAAUUACAUUAAUGGGUGUUAUGGUCGACUGAAGGUUAGAACAUCAUAUUUUGAAAGGUUUUUUGAUGUACUUUUAUAUGCGUACUGCCACAUCCGAUAGCCCCAAAGAGAUGCAGUGGUUCAGAUAUCCAAAUCUAAUUUACUUCUUUUGCUGUUACAGUUUGUGCUUGUUGUCUAUUAAUUCUGUACUUGUAUUUUAGCAUUGCUAUGUAUUGUGUGACAUUUUUAUAAGAGAGUGCUGUUUUGAUCUGUUUACUAGUAUUAGAUUAUUAUUAAGGUAAUUAACACCCUAAACUUGUUUUGGCACUUUCACAUCGUACGCUAGAGUGACUUCACUUGUUAUUGUUUUGGGUUUUUGCAGCGCAUGCUGCUGUCAAUUGGCAAAAUUUCACAUUGAAUGUUCGGUGGAAAUGUAAAAGACAAAAAGUGAGGAUUUUUGCUAUAAAGUAUAUAUUUGACAGACACAAACGCUUGAAUAAGUGCAAAAAGCUUAAAUGCGCUUAUCGAGUACAAAUAUCCAAUGGUUUGGGUUUAAAAAAUUUUAAGAUCUAUAGACAGAAAGUAAUUUUAACUGACCCCUUAAAACAAACAAACAAAAAUAUUAUAUUAAUUAAAUAAUUCAAUUAUAAUGUUUCAAAGUUCCAUAAGAUUUGAAAACAGAAACAUAUUGCUAAUAUUUUCUUUUCGGUUUAAAUCAUGGUCCCUGCCCCACACAUAAAUAUGUGACAAUCUGAGCCACUCAUCCAUCCUUCCUUUUCAUUUUGCGGUUACGUUUAAAAGCAUGUUGCGAUGGAGUGAGCAAAAUUGAAAUAGUUGGUUUUUAUAAGAAAAUAUUUUAACUACCUUAUAUUGGCAUUGUUGUAUGAGAUUGACUUUUUUUUUUUAUUUAACCUUAUUUAAAGCUGCAGUCCGUAACUUUAACCCAGUCUCAAGGCAAGCCGUAGUAUAGUACAAAAUAUUUGAUUUAUUCAUGUUCAUGGAAAUGAUUUUCCACUCUUUUUCAAGCCAUUGAGCACGGAUGUCUUUUUCGUGUCACUCCGCACAAAUGUCUAAAAACAGUUUUUCAUGUCCGUGGCACGACUUUCUUUUUUUUUGUGUCAUUUUAUGUAUUAUUUUCUGAUAGUUUUUUACUAUUUUACCAUUGUUGCUUAACGACCUUCUGUUACAUUUCAGACAUCCCAAACCCCAACUCUAACCCAAAAUGAUUUAAUAAUAGGAAAAAACAAUGAGAAAAAAAUAUAUAAAAUGACACCAAAAAAGAAAGUCGUGCCA